UCGGAUAGAUCGAUCAUCAAUCUCCAAACAGAAAGAGACAUUCAGUGCGAAAGAGCGUGAUUUCUUGGUCCUUAGUUAUUUGCACGGUCACUUUGCGUAGAGACGUUUGAGAGAGGAAAUGGCAGGAUACGGCGGGCAGUAUGGUGACUCUGACAGGCGUCGCUCUGGCGACGAGUUCGGCAACACGAUCCGCCCGACGGACGGGUUCGGAGACCAGGUCCAGCAGACUGGAUAUGGAACUGGCGGUUACGGUGCUGGAACUGGUGGUCAUGGCGCUGGAACUGGUGGUUACGGUGCCGGAACUGGUGGUCAUGGCGCUGGAACUGGUGGUUACGGUGCCGGAACUGGUGGUUAUGGCGCUGGAACUGACAGCUACGGCUCCGGAACCGGCGGUGUAGCUGGAGCGACUGGUGGCCUCGGUUAUGGCGGAGACCAGCAGCAGCAGAUGAGAGGCGAACGUCGUGGAGGUGGUGGCGGUGGCGGAAUGCUCCAGCGAUCCGGAAGCUCCGGUUCUAGCUCCUCGGAGGAUGAUGGCCAAGGCGGGAGGAGGAAGAAGGGGAUCAAGGACAAGAUAAAGGAGAAGAUUCCAGGGAUGGGCGGGGACGAUGAGCAGCAGCAGCAGCAGCAGGGGGUCGUACCAUAUUCCACCGCCGGGAGCGGAGGAGGCUAUGGGGCGGAGAUGGGGCAGCAGCAGGAGAAGAAGGGGAUGAUGGACAAGAUCAUGGAUAAGCUGCCCGGACAUCAUUAGAUACAAUUAUUGCAUAAGUCCCUCGAUAAGUACUAGAUAUCUAAGCGGGGGUACGUAUUUGUCGUUCUGUCUCUCUGUAUAUGAGAGGGACUUCGAGUUUUGAGUCUUCCAAAUAAGUGCAAGAAGGCCGCUACUUGUCUACUUCCCCUUCCCUGGGAAGCUUGCACCUGAAAGUUGCUGUUUUGUGUUUGUGUACUGAGAUCCUUUGCAGUUUUAAAUAUAUAUAUGUUGAAAGUUUUUGUAUUCACAAGUUAAAAGUGAUGUGUUUUGGA